AUGUCAAACGCAGAUUCAGGACCAUCUCUUCGCCUUGUGCCUGGACCGGCCAGCUCAAACAGUAUCUCGAUUCAAUCUACAUCACAUCCCGUUCAUGCUGGUGUACAUGAUUCUAUGCGACAUGGUCAACGUAAUCUUGCUACAGAAGUUUCUUCUUCUUCCAUUCAACACCCCUUGCAACACAGAUUAGAAAGUUGGGAUGCAACCCGCGAUAAUCUCAAAUUGACCAUGCAACGUAAUAUGUUUGGAAUGGCUGCACCUAUUCGCACAUUGAUGGAAAGAAGGAUUGUGGAACAUAACCCUCACUUCCCGGCACUACAGGCAGGACAAAUGGGCGGCGGUCCAAGAAAGGGACUUUCAGCAUUGCACAGAGAUAUCCUAAACGGAGAUGACGAAACGAUUGAUCCGGUAGACUUCUUGCCUUCCGCUGGAGGACCAGAAAUGCUCGACAUUCACGCACAAAUGGAGCGCAAACACAACAUCUGA